CCGAGACUGGGCAGCGGCCAGGAAACAGAAACCCGAUUGGCUAAUUCUUUGAGAAAAAUAGUCAAACAGAAUGUUGCAGACUUCCCAAAAAGUAAACACAAGCCUACAUACGUCUAUCUAUCUGAGGAGGAUUUGUUCCACAUCUUCCACGGUCACGAGGACACGCGUCGUAAGGCCCCCACGCAUUAGAAUUCGCAAAUGAUGCGAGCAUUGAUGAGGCUGCCCAGCUGGUUCUGAGGCGUAAGGGAUUGUCGAUCAGUAGCUUGCUCUGCCCUGUUCGAACCCGUCAGCGCAUAAACGGAUAUCAUGGCAAGGUGGGACUAUGGAUACAUUAUCGGAUCGGUUCAAGUUGAAGGGGACCAUCUGCACCAAUGAACUCGUGCUCAACCUGUUAGCAUAUGACACCACUAAGGAACGCCCGAAGCCUCGAGCGUCUUCAUCCAGGCCCCCCGAUGAUGAAAAUGACGAUGACAUGGAAAGCGCUCUUUUGCAACUUGAGGAGCAGGAAGCUGAAAGCUCAUCAUCAAGGGCCCACUUACGUACUUGUGCUAAGCGAAAGCUCAGCGCCGCCCCGCCUGCGACUGUGAAACACACUUCGGAUACGGAAAGAGCGCGUGUCUCUAGCAUCAACUGGAAACGAGGCUCCAAGAUGCUGAAGAAUGUCUCCUCAAGUUCCGGUCCGACACCGCUUGUCGUUGGGAUGGAUCCUGGAGAGUGGCAUCUCCGAAAGACUUGGGACUUGAGAAAAGCUCAGAAAACUGCAUACGACUAUGGGAUUGAUUCAAUCCCUCAACUUGCUGGAGGGAACAACGGGAGGAAGAUGGAUUCCUCCAACCCUGCAGUUUUCGUAAUCGAUCUUGGUUCUUUCAACACACAAACUGCAUUAUCCUCGAAGCGUUCCGAGUUCGAAAAGCGAUUCAUAACGAGAGCGAGGCCCCUUGGAUACGAAGUUGUUGGCGUUCAUGAGUAUUACACUGGUGCUAAAUGUCCCCGCCCCAACCGCAACGCAUUCCUAGAAAUUCAUGUCAACAGGUCCAAGUAUUGUCGAAGCUGUCAGAUAUAUUGUGAUCGUGACAUGGUCGGAUCCGAGAACAAUGCGCGUGUGUGCCUGUCCCAUAUAACUACACAAACGAGGCCCAACAAGUUCAAGUCAACAAGUUCAUAG